AUGAAUUCCCGUGAGACCGCUCUGUGGACUCUCUUCCUUCUCGUUUUUUUCCUCGCCCUAGGUGUCUCUCUGUCCCCUCCAGAACCCUUCGUCACACCAUUUGACCACGCGGAUGGAGACGCUGCUUUUCGUCGCUCCAAAGCUGGUGUUUCCGCUGGACUUCCCCAUGUGCUCCUUUCGUCUGCGUCUCCUGAUGGGGACCUCGAAUCGGAUGGCGUGCCUGUCUCUCAGGAAGAGGAACGGGGGGCGGAACGUUCAGGGUUUGUUGGGCGUCUCUCGAGACUUCAAUUGCGCGCGGCCAUCACUACGCGACAGACGGCGUCCAAGUCUGCCAAAACGACCCCCGAGACUACUGAUCCUGCCGCGGCACUAGCUGCUUGUGGGAGCGGCAUCUAUAGAAGCUGGACGAAGACGGUGAGCACCUCCAACUCGAUGAACUGCUGGAACAUUUGCAGCUUUGUGGAGGAUGCGGUUUACGACAAGUGCGUCCAAGAUGCACAUCCACAUGCCUGCUUGGCGGAAGCGGCAAGAGAGAAUCCUCUGAUCCCCAGUAUCUUCAAGGAGAGAUGCGUGUUCGCGCCCCCUACCGUUUCCUUCCCGCUCUUCUGGGAGACAAAGCCAGAUAGCGAGCACUGCUUGAAAGAGGGUAUGAUCGGCUGGCUGCAGCGUAGCCCAUGGGAAAACUUUUCAAGGAACUUGCCAAGUGGCUGUACGUACCCGAACUGGGACCCUGCGGCUACAGUAGCGGCCCCCAGGUCGUAUAUAAAUGAUGUCAAGUCGGCCUUCGGGAAGGCUGUGGCUCAGCUGAGAGCGGAGGAGUUUCAUGUCAUCGUACGAGGAGCUGAGGAAGCGGCGAAAAAUCCUGUGGAGAACGGGGCGUUCCUGGCAUCAUCCAUUGUCCCGAAGACAUACUGGGAUACAGCGAAGCCGGAAGACAAGGACGGCUGGCACAUUACUCGCACUUUCUCUGUGCCCCAGAACCGCGCCGAUUUUGCGGCGCUGACAACCAAAGACGACGGCAGCUCGUCCAGCGCGGCCAUCUGCCUGUACUCUGCACUGGCAAUUCAGAAUCACACGGGUGGCGCUGUAACACAGUUUACAAACUACGGAAUGGUUCCGCAAGUGAAAACUUGUGAUGGACAGAUUGGUACUCUGUGGGUUGCCGACAUCCGGGGUCGCGGUUUGUUCGAAAGCUCAGAUGAGGAAGUGGAUCGAAAAACAGGGUUCAAUCUCUGCGUCGCCCGCCGGUGGACUGUCGGGCAAACAGAGGCGGAUGGUGUACAUAGAGCGACGCAGACUGCCCUCUUUCACGUGGGAUUCGAUGCACCAUGCGCCAGCUUCCUCUCGGGCUAUACCUACAAGCGCCAAAACGCGCUCCACGCCGGUCAGUGGGAGCAGCAUUUCGUUGCGAGGACAUAUCCUUUGGUGCGCGGUAUCAGCGAGGUUGACGGCUCCAACAGGUGCCCGUGGGGACCUUCGGUUCAGUACGGACUGAAAUGCUUUACGUCCGUGGAGCAAGAUAACUUCCUUUACAUGGGCAGCUUUGCUGAGGGGCAACUGAGCUGCCGUCGUCUGGUCUUGGAUCGCAGUGUGCCUUCCAGUUUCUCCAGAGUUGCUGUUGUGCAGGGUGACCACGAUCUGAACGUCAUGGGCUUUCUUGCGGAACCUGCAUCGUUCACUUGGGUUGGGCUCUUUCAGGGGGAGCAGGCGUUGCUGCCCGUGAGGACCAAUUCCUCCACCAGACUGCGCGUUGUGGAGAAUGCCUGCCCAGAAGAAACCUUGACCGCGUCAAGGCGGUUUUGGCAUCGCCACUCAGAAAUCGAAGAAACGUGCAAGGCGAAAGGAGCCGAUAUAAACCAACCCGCUUGGAGGACAACGUGGACUGGGGCAGACGGCGACACCGAGAUAGAAUCGUGGGAUAUCAAAUGGUGCUCAGGUCAUCCGCGGACAAUGGAAAAUACACGCUACGUGGAUUGCGCAGGGAUUCGUGUUACCGACAGGGGAGUCUGCAUCGAGUCGGCGCCGUGCGACCAAGUCAAUUCUGUCUUCUGCACGUAUCCUGUGGACUACGGCCCGCGUCCGGUGGCCACGACAUUGGGACUGCGCUCAGAUAAGGUUACUCGCCUGCCGCCUGCUAUUGAGUGCACGGUGGGGUCAUCGUGUACCGUGGACUUCAACCUGAAGAGUUCGGCUGCGAGCAGUGCUGCGACGCUCCCGGCGCCGAGCGAUGCGAUUUGGGGUAUUCCGUAUACGGGGGGUAGAGUUGCUCUCAAGCUCAGCUGUAUGGCGGUAGAUGGAUCGAUGGUGGGGCCGUACGACAUCACGUCGAAAGUUGACCUUUCACAGGGGGCGCAGUUUUCGACGAUGCUCUCGGGGAUUUACGAACUGUGCUACUGCAACGAACAUUCGUCUGCUACGACCGUCGAGAGGAGCGGACAGGCGCCUGACGCGGCGUGCACGCGCGUGGAACACUUCAGCCAGAUGAUUGCUACUGUGACGGUCGCAGACGGUUCAGAGUCUGUAGCCUUCAAGCAGGCAAUCCAGCUGCCCGCUUCCCCUCCAUCUCUUACGGGUGGAUCCCUCUUGUCGCUGGAGAAGGGCGGGUUGAUUUCCGGUGCGCCGGCGGCAUUCUGCGGCUGGGAGAGAUACUUGGAACCGCUCUGCACGUUCCAGGUGAAGCCGACGGCCCGAGCACUCAAAAUGUCCCUGCCCUCUGACGUCACUCUGUGGUUUAUUCCAGCUCUCAGUCGCUCGGCGUCGAACCAGAACAUCUGUUUUUUCCAAACUCAGGUGGAGGCUGAAGCCGUCGUCACGGUUGCUGGGGACGAGGUAAUCAACGUGGAAGUCCCCAUGGAAACCCCUUCGGCUUUCUUCUACGCCAUAUGCGAGGAGGCGACAAUGGAUUUCUUAGGUUUCCUGUCUUUCAAGGAGACCAUCGCAGCCGUGUCAGUACCUCUGUCAGUCAACAAGAUUGAGUUUGCUGCUGGAACACAAGUGAACGGUAACUCCGUGGUUUUAGACCUUGGUGGAGCGUUCACCGAGAGACUUUUGAAAAGAAGCUCGCUUUUGGUCAUUUCGGUAGAUAAUGUGACAGAUGCUAACUGCGAGCAAGACCUCGAGAUCCUGUCGCCCACCCUCGUCACUCGCCCGGCGCUUCCUGAGUUGAAUGCAGAAACGUCGACGAGAUUGGAGCUGAAUUUCGACGCAGGGCCGUCCGUGAAAAAGCUGUGCUGGUUGGAAACCAUCCACUUUGGAGGUAACGUGGGUACUGUCAUUAUUCCACAAUAUCUGGCAUCCUUUCCGAGGGUCUCGGAGGUUCAAAACUUGACUCCGGCAGACUCGCGAUGCUUCCUGAAGCCUGCCGAGACGCCUUGCAAGUUCAAGGUGACACCAAAAGCCUUGCCGCCAGAGGACAAUCCAGCAAAAGUGCGACCGUACUUGUCCCGCGAUUUACAUGUGUACCUGAUGGAGGACGCGUGCCCAACACGUCACGACGACGCCGUCUUCGACGUAAUCGACACCGCAGGCAACGAAAGUGCUGAGAACGUGAACGGAGUGAUGCUCCGUCUUGAGGCCGAGUCGGAGACUGUUCUACAGGCAGUCCUCGAGCCAAGCUUGUUGCCGUGGCUGGCGGCUCGCGGCACUGCAAAUCUGUGCUGGACGCACACCCGCAAGACGUCCGCAGCAUCCUGUCCCAUUGGCGGUCAUCCCUGCGCAGGCACGUUUGGAAAGGCGUACGCAGUCGGUUCCACGUCGGACGCAACGUCCAACGUAGUUGUUUGCGAAGAGGGCUCACGCGAAUCCUGCCUUGUUAGAGUGCAGGGGCACAAUCUCAAUCUGUACGAGAAGGUGACGAAUCGUCUGGCAGCACUCGUCCAGUGCGGCGCCACGCCGGGAAUAGGACUUUUGGCGCCUUGGGGAGACUAUCAUUCUCUCGUCGCCUCGAGUUCUGCUGCACCGCAAGGCGCGUCUCCUCCUACUUCCGAGAACUCUACAGGCUCGUCGCUCGCCGUCAGUCCGGUUUCCCCCUUUUUCUUCGAGGCGUCGCAAACUCCUUCAAAAGGAACUUCUGGUCGAAACGAUACUCUGCACGCGCAGCAGGGACAACCGCCUUUCUUGAGCUUCAUGGCAGCACACGGCGACCUAGACCCGGCGCUAGCCAACAACGCAGCGAACUCAACCGCUCUCUAUUAUGAGGUGCCGUACGAAACUGCGGGAGGGAAUCAGCAGCUCUGUUUCCGCUCGGACGCACUUGACACACAAGACCUGGAGAGAUUCACCGAGCCCGUCGGUCAAGUCGUUUUUGCUCGCCAGCUCCAUUCUGCUGAGCUUCGAGUUUACCUGGAGGACGAGCCAUUGAUGGCCAUAUACGCAAUCGAGAUUACCGUACCGGGGACAAAAGACGGUGCACAGAAGCCGGAUGCUGUCUAUCUUAAGCCGGUACACAACUAUCCAGCGGGAAGCACGGUGCCUUGUGACUAUGACAAGGACCUGUCUGGGCCGCUGCGAGACGACAUUAUCGGACCCAUUCUGCCAUUCUCGGAGAUGCAGCGAAUGUUGCCUGAGAAUGCUGACGACCAAUUCACUUUCCGACGAUUCGUCGCCAGCGAUCCACCUCCGAAGGUGAUGGCGGUAUGCUGGUCAGAGCAGCUAUACCCUGGGAGCUCUGGUGCGGCUGCAAAGACCGCUGCCGACGCUAUUUGGCACUCGGUGCUGGUGGGCUACUACGCCGGCCGCGCGCUACCUGCACCACCAAAUGAGGGCACAGGCGUUGCAGUGUCGUGCGGUCUGGGCAUCAAGGCGUGCCAGAUAACUCUUACUCCUCGGCAAGCCGCGACGGGGUACUACGGAGGCAUAAGCUCAGGUGCAGCCACGUUUCUGGAUCCGCAUGCAACUGUGGUGAUGGACACGCAACUCACCACAGCGACCUGUCCUGCGGAUCCGUUAGACGCUGUCUACACACAAGCCAUCGCACAAACAUCGACGACUGGCUGCGUGCUUCCCUCGGGGCCGCGACUGGCUGCCGACAAGGCGGUGCUGCUGCUGGACGAGCCCGCCCGAGAGCUGCUCAAGACGCAAGGGAAAGCGGGACUGUGCUAUCGCCUGCCCAACUGCAGAGUCGACAGCAACUCCCCCAGCCAGCCGUGCACGCAGUAUUUGGGGAUUGCGCUAUGGUUGGGGCCGACCCGCGCGGAGCCCAGCGACGUUGCGCUUUGCAAUCGCCUUGGAAGCCGUGGAUGCCUUUUGACUCUGAAGGGCUUGAACAUGGAUGCGGUGGGGUACUCGGUUCCGCGGCUGGCAUACGCUGAAGCCUGUGGGAAAGCAGGAGACUACUGGUAUGCGAACGUGGUUGAGAGGCCCGUGGCCAAGAGCGCUAUGGUGUCUCCUCCGGUGGCGUUCCUCGAGGCCGAGGCUCCAGCGUCGGGGGCUUCGCCGUUUCUAGGAGAGCGGGACUGGGAUCAGCUGCCACUACGCGAAGAUAAUCUCUCCGUAACAUUUGAAGUUGAUAUUCAGUUGGCUUCAGCAUAUGAAUUGUGCUGGAAUCCCUUCGAGCAGAACAGUGAAGAGGCAAAGGGGGCAGACGAGUCGCGAUUCAUCGUGAGCUUGGGACACAUUUUCUUCCUGCCGUUGCCCUUUGUCGUAAUCCGUCAAAUGGCAGUGAAUUCUGUCGAUGACGCACGGCUGGUCGUUAUAGUGAAUGCGAUAUCAACAAAGGCUUCAGCAAGCAACGUCGAGCGGUACGUCUAUACCAGCCCCGUGCAAGAGACUUCUGAUGACUUGGCCAAGGAGGCGGAGUGCACAGACACCGACUCGGAGACAAAGAUCGACGCGACUAUGUCGUUUGAAAAGGAGCAGACACUGUUCCAACGUCGGCAACAGGAGCGUGAAGCGGCUCAACAGGUUUCCCUAAAUGAGCAGAAGCCAGAAUCCGAUGCGACGGUUGCUGUUGACAUGCUUACGUUUCUUAUCAGUGCCGGUGGCACACGGCAGAAGAUUUGCUGGAGAUCAGUUUACAAAGGUGCACAAGGUCAAGUCCUUUAUGAUUAUCGGGUCUUCUUGUCGACUGUUCCGGCAGCCGGAGUUCCAGAGCUUGAUACAACAGCUCACGGUCAACCUGUGACAGGGUUGGCCUUGUGCUCUCUAGGUGCCAACGAAAAGUGUGCGGUGACUCUGAGGCCGAAAUCCUCGCCAAAUUCGAAAGAGCCUCCGUUUUUCGCUCCUGGAGGUGAGCUCUACCUACUCAAAGGAGAUGUUUGCCCUCAACUCCCGACAGAUCCCCGCAUCGCGAACACUGAGAUGCGUGCCGCGCUGUCGCCGGAGACAGAAGCUGUGCACCUCGAUGUGGUAAUGUCAGAAAGGGAUGUGAAGACGUAUUCCUCCGCGACGGACUACCGCAAGUGGGUUAGUGCUCAGGGCCGGGUUACGAUCUGCUACAGAUAUGGCGCGAACCUCUGCCCGGCCCCUGAUCGAUGCUUCGAAAAACUAGGUUCCAUGUACUGGAGGGGUCCGCGGGCUGAAGCCGACACGGACCUUCGCGUUCUGUGUCAAGACCCGCAAGGAUGUCAAAUCAAGAUCACGGGUCUGAACCUCAAUCUAUACGACCUGUCGUACAGUAGAGUGGCUGCACUCAAAACAUGCGGCAGCCCUGGCGGUGUUGGCCUCCUCGACGUUGCCAAGUUUCCGCCUGGCUACACGCGUGACCCCGUCCCCCCUGCUCUGGAAGACCACUUCGAUCCUGGUGGAGGACUAGGGCGCGGCAUAUUCGUCGUCAGCAAACUCGGUCGCGGCGUCUUGACAUGCGGAGCAUCAAAGAAAGUGAAGGUGAAGGAAGCAUGGUGGGUAGUCAGCGGUGAGCCAGCAAACGGUGCCGAGUGUCAGCGUAAGGAUGUGACAAGCUUGGUGGCUUCCCACUGCGCCAAAAAACAGAUAUGUGUCAUCUAUCCGCAUACGCCUGAAGACGACCGGACUGUCAAAGGCUUAGUUGGACUCAAUAACGAUGAGUUUCUUCAACUUGAUAGCCCGUGCUAUCCGCCGACGGGCAACGAGCUGAAGCUGACCGGGGCGUAUGAAUGCACUGCUGAGCGGCCGUCAUCGUGGUGGCCACAGUUUUUGGAGACGCGAGCGUCUGUGCGCGCCAUCGACUACUCGAAGCCGUCAACGGAGGUCAUGGAGAUGAGCGUCACCUUUCCUUCUGGCAUCGCCAGCAUGUUCAAUCUGUGCUGGAACCCUGACCAAGACCUCGCGUUGGAGCCGUCACGCUACACUGAGAAGCUCGGCUUUGUUCAGGCUGUUCCCACGGCUGGCUUAUCCGAUCUCAUUUCGAUGGUCUACUCGAGGAUUGACAGCACCUAUGUCGAGGUUGUUGUCACGGGCAUCGUGGACGAGGAGUCUGCCUACGGCACCUACGUCUACGCAGUUGACAUCCCUCCGGAAGGAGCGCUCGAAUGCAAAUCUUCUGAUUCAGAGACGGCCAACUCGAAGAGUGUUUUCAUGAGUUAUGACUCAGGCGACUCCGGAGUGGCGGUGAUUCGAUAUCGAAUCAAGGCACCCCCUCAUGAAAAGGGGAUGUGCUGGCAUUGGACGAAUGACAAGCUUGCCGCUGAUGGAGGGGAGCAAAGAAUCUUGCUGGGCACCCUGCCCGGAGCUGUGAAUCCGAAGCCGCGUGCGUGGGGGGAGAUGAUGUGCAGUGGAUCGAGUGGGGCCAAGUGCUCCAUCAAAUUUGAGCCGGAUACUAUUUCGAGUGUUUAUCCAGCGCCAGGAUCUGAUAGCGGGACCCGAUCCGGUUUUACGGACUAUUCGAAGUAUGCUAAUCUGCAUUCGCACUUCCGCCCCUUAGCGAGUUUGGGUCUCAUUGCAGGGCGUGAUGCGUGCCCCGAGGAUCCAGAAGAUCUUGCAUAUACGCGUUUCCAGUCAACGUUCAGGCUGAAGACAACCAUAUCGGAAAGGGAUCUGCAGGAGUCGACGAUCGGCCUACCGAUAUCGACCGCCACGGUAGCGAGCUUGUCUUCGGCACUGUCAGAUGCCCAUCUGAUGUGGCUCGCUGAGCACAAAGAUGCUGUGGUGUGCUGGGUCAAUAACGGUGGCUGCGCGAUUCAGAAAACGCCUCGUUCGCUCCCAUGCGCGGCCACUGUUGGACUGCUAAGCUGGAUGGGACCUGUGCCGUCCGCGUGGACACAGGACUUCGCUGCGUUCAACUGCAGAGCCGGGUCGCCAUGCACCUUGAGGAUCAGAGGACGAAACCUGUUCAAGAUGGACAUGACCCAUUCGCGUGUGUCAGUUGUGAAGCAGUGCGGGGGGAGCGACGGCCCGGGCAUUGCGAAAAUAAAGACGCGGCCGACGCUUUCCGCCGUCCCAGUUGCACCUGAUGCAGAGGAUAGCGAGUCACUGCUUGAGACGCGUGCAGCUGGCCGCACGAAAGGGCUCGGUGCGUUCUGGCGCGUUGGACGGCCGCGCAGACUGGGGCGACACCGUCGCCCGCCGACGUGUGGGUAUGGAGCUCGCGGGGGGAGCGCGACAUCAAAAUGUUCGAGUCAACAAGGACACGUGAGCACGCUUCAAACCCGGAGUCGCACUUGGGCAAUCCCAUCAAGCUCCGUGGACGAUGUGCUCGAGGUGGAAACGACGCUGAGCACUGGAGAGGUUUUCCUUAUUUGCUGGAACCCGGCCGCAACCCCCACUACGGAACUCGCGGACUUCUCCAUGCCAAUAGGCGAGGUGGUCGGCUACGGACUCCAACCUGUCAAGGCCUUCUGCUACAGCGGAAGCCUGUGUGAAGUAAUGAUCGACUACCACGGGCCAGAACGACCAAACUUGUUCGUGGGCGUAAAAGCUGUCGAUUGCUCCGACCCCAAUCUGACGGACGAACUCGGAAACGGAGGCAAGUUUCAGUUCACAGGCAAACAGAGGCUUAUUUUUUCGCAUCCGAUUCCACCAAAGGAGGACAUCCAGCGAGCCGAAUACAAGCUUUGUUGGUGUGACAAGGCCCAAGAGAGCGAGUGCGUCGGCACGGCGUACUCCGAGCCCGCUGGCUCACUGACUGUGCAAUUCAUCCCGGAAACCGGCGUCAUGUGCUUGCCCUUCACGGGACCAUGCAAAUUUGCGUUCCCAAAUGAGGCCUUUCAAGGAGACGAAGCAGGAACGGUCUUCUUGGCGGGCUAUUCGGGGACGGAUGCCGAUUGUACGCUGGACACGAGGUACACGCCAGUGGUCAGCGCUGCCUACGGCGAGCUCGUCUUCGAGGUGGAUCAGCGCAAACUUUCUGAGGCGCUUGGGAGCGAUACGGUGGCGAAAGGGACGUUUGCUGUCUGCCGCGAGACCUCAACAGGACGCAAUGACAGGUCCGGAGGGAGUUCCGAGCUGCAGAUCACGAGGAGCCCAGCACGACUGGGUGCCCUCGGGUUUGCAGGACCCUCCGACCCUGACUUUCAGUUCGAGAACCAGGUGGCCGUACUAGGCAUGCCUACUCGAGUUGUGCUCGUGUCACAAGGCUUCAAAUCCCUGGUCGGUCUAGACUUCACGCAAGAUCCGUUCGUCAUGCCGAGUUAUCGGCAGGUUCGGCUGGCGCCCAAAGGCACGUGCGGAGCUGCGACAGAGGUCGGCCCGAUUGUGCUGAAGCUUUCGGCGGUCACUGCAUCCCUCGUUCCCUUCCACCAGAACACCGAGUACAGCCGACCAGAGGUGCUCAAGCUGCCGAACACUGGCAUCACCAAACUAGAUGUCUGCUGGUGCGACCCGGAGUCCUCCUGCGAAAACGACGGGGACUUCUCGGUUCCUGUUCUGUCUGUGAACGUCGUCUCACCGGCGCAAAAUGUCGCUGUGUUAUGCACUUACGGAACAAAGUGCCCGUUCACGUUUGACGACGUCGCUGGCCAACAGGAGUACGGCAUGGAUUCGGAUGUCCAUGUUAUGAGAGAUGUGGCGACGGAACUACCCGACAGGGGUCGGCUUGUGGCUGUUCAACCAGUUGCUAAGCAGCAGAGACAUGCCACCGAAUCUCGCAAAUGGGAGUUCUCUGGACUGGUGUCGCGGGCGUCAGUAUUUUCCGGUGAUGCGACAUCAGAGCGUGUAUACACGCUUUGUUAUUGCGCACUCAAACAAUCUGGAUGCACGCCUGAUGUCAUGUUCCCAGUUGGAAAAAUGACCAUCUACGAUGUAUGGGACGGGACGACCGACGCUACGAUGUACGACAAGGUUGUUGUGCGCCCUCGUUCACCUCCAUUUGAUGGGAAUGAAGGCCACGUGUAUGCCGCAGCCGGUGAUGUCGAACUCCCAGUUACUAUGGUUUCUUCCAUGAUGUUCGAAGUAACGCUUGUCGAUCUCAUCACGGUUGUGAACCCAGAGGCAACUGUGAACGUCACAUACUGCGAGAGGACAGUUGCUGAAAAUUGUGACGCCGCCGAUGCUCCCCGAAUCGAGCUUAUGAAUAUCAUCAUGAAAGGUCCGGCGUCGGGUUGGUGGGUAUCACAGUGCGUAAUGGGUGUUCCCUGCGCAGUGACUACGAAGGUCUUCCAUCCUGCUGAUGGUGACAAGGUGGCAGCCCUGAAAAGCUGCGGGGCUUCUUACAGGACCGACUACGGGGAGAGCAGCAAAAUCAGCUUUCCACAAGUAGCAGACCAGUCGAAGCCGAUAGACACGACGUUUGCAUGGACGGAGAAUUUUCCUGACUCCGGUCUGGACCAUAUGCCGCUGUGCUGGUGCAAGAAGAGCAGUGUGGUCGAUUGCACCAGGACGGAGCAAUAUGGAACGGAAGUCGGUAUUCUUCUCGUCUCUGGUCUGGAGACGGCUCACCGAGGAAGUUGCACAGUGGGCAGGACCUGCAGACUUGAUUUCACGGGAUUCAGACUGCAGCACAAUACCCUGAACCUGCGGGUGAUGAAGGACGCAUGCGGACCCACGGGGAAUCCGGCUACUGUCUUGCCAAAUGAAGGCAUUCUCACGCUUGAAUCACACACCGACGAGGUCGCGAACUUCCUUCUUGAGCCGUACCGUGGCCGGAGCUUGGCGACAACCAGGGUUUGCCAAUGCCCAAAGCCGACCUCUGAGUGCACUUCGCCAGGGGAUUACGACUGGCACGUUGGGGACUAUUAUUUCAGCGGCCCUCUGGAUGUCGUCGCUUUGGAGGAUGCAGCGUCCACGAGGCCACUGGACAAGUACUUGCCGUGGGAUGGAGGAAUCGAUUCGUCCAUCGACUUCUUUAUGUUUACGGGCGACAAGGAAUGCAGAGGCACGAUGGACGGGUCAGAGUCUGGCUUGCCGCGGCAUGGUAUCGGCACGGUUGACGGCGACGGGCGUAUAACGUGGCCUGCGUUAGGUGGCGGCGGCAUCUAUGCUGUGUGCUAUUGCCCACGCACAUCUCACCUAGACAUAUCCGCCGGCGGAGACCCUUUCGCCUUCAAGGGAGAAGAGAAUCCGUCCAACUGUAACACUCCAGCGGGCUACAUUAUUCCGGUGGCGGUGGCUCUGGUAACCGGUCCCUCGACAAAAGGUGCGAGUUUCGUUUGCAUGGGCGGCACCCAGUGCACAAUCGAAAUCGACGCCGUUCACGCCACCUCGACGUCGUACAUCCUUUCUAACGCAGUUGCAGACGUCCGUCAGGCUUCCUGCUCGUCUGGGUCCAGCCUCAUGAAGGCGACGGUACAGGGGACGACGGACAGCGAAGCCCCCAUUAACGAGCCGCUACUUGGCCUGCAGAUGAACGCUGUCAAACAGACGUUUCUGUUUUCCACUGCAGUCCGUCUCGCUGCUGGGUCCUAUGAAGUGUGCUGGAGAAUCUCCGCCGACUCUAGAGAGGGCAUUGCUCUGGGCAAACUCCACGUUAAAGGCCCAGUUGACGAGAAAGCAGCUUUAACUUCCUUAAGUGGAAAACCCGUUGAGGUUGGAGUGACGUAUGCCGGCACGGACAACCCGGACGAGCUCGACCAAAUGCGCAUUCGAAUUUACCCCGUUCCGCGAGGUGAAGAGAAAGAAAGGUUUGAUUGCUCGGUGCCGAAUCCAAACGAGCAGCAUCCGUAUGAGCGCUUCAUGACGGUUGACCGACGACCCGACGCAAUCGAACAACAAGGACCCAAUAUGUUCCGGCUUCUUUGGAGAAAUCUCAUCCUCGUUGUGGACGAAAACACGCCAGGGCUGCCGCCUGGCAGUGCGUUUGCCGUCUGCAUUUGCGAUGGAGCCCGAAGUGACUGCAGCUCAGGCACAAGCUACUUUCUGCAAGUCGCCUCAUGGGUGGUUCACGGACCCUCUCCGAGAACAGUUAAAGAUACAGUCACCAUUGGCACGGAAUUCACUUACACAAUAACCGGUGUCGGUUUGCCUCCGAAGAACUCUGUGUUCAUGCUGCCCGCCUCGGAUCUUACCACAGGAGUGGCGUUUUCUUGUGGCGACGCUGGACUGGAGCCGUACUUUUUCCCUACCAGUGCGCGGGCGACGAGCGACACAUCCAAUAGAGUGACAUUCACGCACAUCGUCGUGUCUUCGGCCUCGAAAUCUGUUCGCGUUUGCUGGUGUGGCGGCGACAACUGCACGAAACCAGAGGACUUCAAAACAUCUGUCAGCGAGCUUGAUGUCCAGUACCCGAGCUUCGAACCGGUUUCGGCGAUCAUCGGCGGGACGUUCUCUAUAACGUUGCGUGGGACGGUCCUGCGUCCCAAUGAUGCGGUUACCGUGAUUUCUCCGACCAAGCAGUGCGGUGCCGAGGGCGCGGAUCAAAUGGACAGCUCCGUUGUGGACGUCCCAACAGAUUCGCCGGUCACUGAACUCAAUAACUUAGGAAUGGCUAGCAGCGUUGAGGCCGGUGAUGGUGGAACCUCGGGUGGAGACCUCAGUUGGUCUGCCGAGUCGCCUUCGCUUCUCUGGCGGUCGUGGCCCAUUCGAGCCAAGGAAACUGCAUCAGGAUACCUUCGAGUCUGCUACUGUUCCAGCGAAGCUGGCGUCUGCACGGGCGCGAAGCGGUUCAAUGUAUGGGUCGGCAGCGUCCAUAUCCAGGGACCUUCGACCAGAGGCAUUAAGAUCAUUCAAGUCGACGGCGAGCAAAAGCUUCAAGUAACAGGAACAGGCUUGUCACUAACGAAUGAACUGAGAGUCUACCUGAGGGCGCCCGCCGCGUUGCACGGCGCCCGUGAAAUGCGCCAUCUCUGCGAGUCGGGUGCUUCAGGGUACGGAGUGGCAGUUUCGGCAGACGGGGUGAAUUCUGAAGGGACGGAGGCGACGUUUCCGGUCAGUUUGGAACCCGGCUUUCGUUAUAUUCUUUGCUGGUCCGCCGGUACUGGUAGCGCGCCGGUGCCUGCCUCAGGGACAGCCAGAGUUGCUAGUUCCGCGGCUUCUCCAAAACUGGAACUGGCAGGAGAGGCUAAAGCUGAAGCAGAAGUUUCGACGCCCGCCCUAGUUCAAGACGAGAUACAGAAAGCGGUGGGAUUUAUUAUGCAAGAUAAUCAGUUGAGCGCAACAGCAGGAGACCCCGAGACACAGCAAACGCAGUCAGUCGAAACUGACGUCAAGAGCAAGGCAAAGUGGACGUACUUGACUCAAAUGAUGCCCACUGGUUUUCGGCCGGGCCAGCUGUUCAAGCUCGUGCAGGGCUACGUUGGUGAGGUGCUGUACGUGCGAGGCUCCCCGGAUCCGAAUGAGGAGUACGUUGCCUACUUCGGUAAACCGGAUAUCGUGGCGGGAUGUGACGAAAUAAAAGACGCGCCGCACCUCACGUUCUCCGAAAUAGUAGAGCGUGACCAGAAUCACGUUUCUUUCAGAGUCGCAAAUGUCCCAGGCACGGGCAUGUUCGCCGUCUGCGUAUGUACUACGUCUAAAAGCGAAUGCUAUGACGCCGGCACAGCAACCGUGGUGCAGUUUUAUUGGAAGACUGUGGCGGAGCUCGUCAACGACGACAGAUUCUUCAUGCUCCCAUGCCACACACGUGGGCACGCUGAGGGGGAUGCCGCAGGAGCUGCAUCGUGGAGUUCCGAUCGCGUUUGGCUGCCAGACGGUAUGGGUGCGUGGUCGUUUCCCCUAGGAACGACUCAGAUCGACCAAUCGAAGUCUGUGACAAUCCUCAGCCGCGUGAGCAAUCUUGAUGCCAAGUGGGUCAAUUUUUACUCCCAGGGCAUGAGAUCGACAGUCGCGUGUGCCGGGGACCAGCAGGAGCGGGUCUUCUUCCUCGGUCCUGGGAAGGUUUACAUGAUGAAUCCAGUGUCAGGGGAUGCUCCGAAUCUUUCGACUGCCACCGGCGAAGUAUUCUCGCAUCCCGUGUUGAAGCCGCUGGACCUGGCAGUCCGAGAGCCUUACAUCUUCUUUUCCGACUACGAAAGCCAAGUCAUCACUACCAUCAAUAUUCAAGAUCCCUCUUUGAACCGGAUGUUCUUCCCUACAAACCCUGUUAUGCUUUUCUCGGCUGGUGUAGAGGUUGUCGACGUCGACGACGCCACCAUGGCGUUGCUGGUAGCGGACACGUUCAACCACAUUGUAGGGCGCCUCAACAUCCCUCUAGCCCAAAUGAGGGGCGCUCAGCAAGGGGUGACCGGGACUCCGUGGACCGCGUACUUCGGGACUCCAAAGACUGCGCAACACGGAACACAUGGAUUCUCGUAUCCCUUUGCGCUGUCCAAGUAUAUUCCAACAGGGAAGCCACGCGGAGGCUCCUCAGCAUCUUUGAUUCUUGUGACUGAGCUCGUGACGGACCGCCUAGUUUUCUUGAACGUCGAGAACAACAACCUAACCUUUUAUCGGCAGAUCAGCUUCGAGGGGCGCCAUUUGAUCUCUGGAAUGCAAAGCUUCGGGGCAUCUUUGUUGCUAAUCGCGAGGACUUGGCCUCCAUCAGUCACAACCGACGGUCUGGACGCGUUUGUGGGACUGCUGAGUUUACGGGAUCUAAUUGGCAAUCUGUACUUCACUUAUCCCGAAUUCCGUACUAAGCUGCAGUCGGGUCUGUUCUACUCAUUUGAGCCUCUUGUUACAGGGCCAGCCAUCCAGUUUUUUAGAGAGGAGAGGGGCAGCAACUUAAGUGAACUUGGCCUCAAGUUGGAUCCGAAAACAGGAGUUAUUUCUGGCACGGUCUCCCACACGGGUUCUUUCACAGUCUCUAUCACCGGUGGUGAUCUCCUCGAAACCUAUACGUGGACAGUGAUAGGAGACGCCAGAUGUCGCGCUGGCGAAUACUUCGAGAGCACCAAGAAUGCAUGCGAACUCUGCCCUGUCGGAACAUUCCGCGACCAAGAGGCUACGCUUCAGGAGUGUCACACGAUCAAGCCGUACAGUACCACCCUGUCGGCGGGUUCUACACAGCUUGCUCAGUGCCGGUGCUUGCCUGGCUUUGAGAUCGGGUCUCUCGGUGACUGCCAUCCGUGUGGCGCAGGUGCAUACAAAGCUUCGAUUUCGGAUACAAAAUGUACUGGACGUUGUCCGCCAAACAUGCACAGCUAUAUCUUUGGAGCCGACAGCGAGGAAGCUCUUCUUUGCAGUUGUGACGCAGGAUACUACUUGGACAACGAUACGUGCAAGCCGUGCCCUCAAGGAAGCUAUUGCGAAGGAGAGGACAGCCCGCCGACGAAGUGCCCAGAGAAUUUCACGACACGAGCUACCGUCAGCAAGUCCCUCUCCGAUUGCGUUUGCAUUGAAGGUUACACGAGGCAGGAGGACAAGUGCGUCCAGUGCGAUAGACUUUCCUACAAAGGCUCAAUCGGGAAUGAAGCGUGCACGCCAUGUCCACAACCGGCGUCGAAGGGAGACACCGGUUCUCUUCAUGCGUCAACGAACUUUAAUGAAGUGCAGUUCACAAGCAGCACUGGAGCGAAGAGAGUGAGCGACUGCUCCCUCUGCGCAAGUGGCUUCUACUACGAAGCGACCAGUGGUGGCUGCACUCCGUGCCGAAAGAACUACUACUGUCCUGGGAAAGCCAGAGAGCCCGUCGCAUGUGCUGAGAACGCGGCCACUGUGCUGGAAGGAGCGGAGUCAGCGCUGAACUGCAACUGUCCCAAAGGCUACGGGAAAUCCAUGGACCGCAGCCCUGUGGACAAUACGCUUAUUUGCGUUGAGUGCCCGAAAAACACCUUCCAGCAUCUCGACGGAAUGACGAUUGGCUGUCUGCCGUGUCCACCGUUCACGAUGACAAAGACGACCAAGGCAUCGUCUUUCAGCGCAUGCGUUGCCCGUCCCGGCUACUUCCUGUCUUCCAGGCUGGAGCAGCUAAUCUCAGAUUCAGCGGGGCACCCAUCGCUGAUAGACGAGGCUGCGCGCCGAGAUGUUGCUAACGAGCAUUUGCGACGAGAAUCGUCUGAAUUCGCGAGCAGAAGGAUGACGAGUGCAAGCGAGGAAUUCCAAAACAUUCGAACUGCUGAAAGCAAAUACGAAAUUAUGGGCAGUUCUGCCCUACAAGAAGUGCAUCGCAUUUGUGAGGUGGGGACAGGGCUUAUCUCCCGCGUCAUGCCCGAAGUAAAGAUGCGGAUCUAUACCCCGUCUUUCCAAACCUGUGUUUUGUCUUGCGUGCGGAACGUCUACUGUACGUCGCUGUCCUUCACCCAAGGAAGCGGCUCCUUCCUGUCGACCAUGACAGCCGUGACGAAUCAUACUGGGACCUACCUCGUCACCUACUCCGUCUGCGAACUGCACUUCUAUGGACCCGAUUUGGAGGAGGAAGCGAUUGAAACCGUCAAUAAUCCCUUCACGGACAUGGUGGUCGGCGAAGGCAUGACGGUGUCCUGCGCCAUCAAGCGACCAGGGAAGGAUAUGACCUGGCGGCGUGUGACCUACGAAGAGUGCCCUAUGAACGCCUACUGUCCCGGUGAUCAAGACGGGCAAAUCUACGAAUGCCCCUUGGCUUCAGUGACGUUGGCGCAUCGAGCGUCAUCGUCAGACCAUUGCAAGUGCAUCCCGGGUUAUCAUCUCGUUGGACGUCAGUGUGAGCCGUGCAACGUUGGGACGUACAAGAACACAACAGACAAUGCCCUGUGUGCGGAGUGCCCUGCUGGUUUCACAACCGCGGACGUGGCUAGCACGAGCGCCUAUGAAUGCGCGUGCACUCCUGGCACGUUUAUGCUCCCAGCUCCCAAUAUGACCAUAACGGCUCCUUCGGAGGAAGAGGCCUCAUCCGACGUCACCGACAGCGAGAAUCACGUUGAGAACAAAGAGCCUGCUGAGAACGAAGCGUCUGGUGACGAGCCUAAACAGGAUCCCGAAAAACAGAGCCCUGAGGAUGAACAAGUUUCGGUUGUCCAGCUUUCGGAGGGAUUGGCUGUUCGAGGCGAUCGCGGCAUUUUACGAGGGCAUCCGAGAGCGACAGGCCAUGCUGGCUCAAGAAAAGACAGAAUGGAUACCUCAAUCUUUGAGGAACGAGGUGUUACAUUUGCCGAAACAAUGAAAGUGCACUGGCUGGAGCCCGACAUCCGCGAGCAGCUUGAGAAGGUCGUUACGUUGCAUCAAUGUGUCUCCUGUCACAAGCAAAUGUACUGCCCGGGUCUGUGGUUGGACCCUCCGCUAAACAGUACCCACAUGCCGCCUCAGCUUUGUCCAGACGGUGCGAACGUCCCUUCGUCGACAGUGCUUGCGGACAGUGUGGAGAAGUGUCUGUGUUUGCCUGGUUAUGGUUUCGCUGGUACGGCUGCUAAUGGGGAAGACGGCGAAAACCUCAACUUCAAGUGCGCAAAGUGCGCGUCAGGUACCUACAAGGAACUUCAGGAAAACGCCCCCUGCUCUGGAAGAUGCAUGCGAGACGCCGAAACCAUUGAAGGCGCUGUUGCGAAGAUUCAGUGCUUCUGCAAGAUCGGCAAGUAUGCUGUGCAGGCAAAAGAUGCGGAAGGUAUCAUCACCUGCCACGAUUGCAUUGCAGGUGGUGUGUGCCCGGGUGGCCUGAAGACCCGUGCUCGACGCGCUGUCGAGGAAGACCACAACUUUGUAGACAUCACCAUCGACGACCAUCAGGUGCCUUUCCCCAGUACAGGCUUCUUUGCUGUGUACAAGCCGCUGAACGCGACAACGUGGAAACCCUCUAUGGUUCCAAUGGUGGCGAGCUUCACUGGAGAUACCUUUGUGGACUUCGAGGCCCCUCCGCCAGAGGAUGAGGAUUUGGAGUCGCUGCCUGGUUCUCUAAGUGGCGCGGCGGCGUCAGGUGAACCCGGCGUUGUCAUUCCGCCGGGCUCCGGGCAGUUGCCCAGUGGCGAGCCUAGGCGGUCUCAGCCAAAGGAAGACGCCGUCGUCAGCGCACUGCAGCUGCGGGUGCGGGACGUCGAUUUCAUCGUCGAGAGCGCGCGCUACGAUCGAAUCCCCGAUAUCCAUCCUUGCUUCGAUGACAUGCGGUGCCGAGGCGGACCGCGAAACACAUGCGUGGACGGUUCAGCAGGGUAUCUCUGCAGCGCCUGCGCUGAGGGGCACUCACAAGUGCGAUACAAGAGCGGCUGCAACGCCUGCCUGUCGGUCUGGCUCGACACGUUGGUUUUUGUGUUGUCGCGUAUCGUGGUCUGCGCCAUCAUCUGGAUCAUUGCAUCGCUGAGCAUCGUCGCGGUUGAACAGCAGGCAUGCACCCACCCGGUUCUGGUUCGCAUUUUGAUCUCCAACAUGUUCUUCUUCAGCAUCUACGGGCUCAUGCCAGAGACGACUCAGUCGCAGCUCUCUGAGUGGACUGGCGUCUACCGCGUCUUUUUCCUGGAUCUGUUCUUCGCCACCCAUCCGUACCUCAAAGUGUCUUGCUUCUUGCCGAGCAUGGGCAUUGAGUUGUCUGAUGCGCACCAGUGGUACUGGCAGCACUUUUUCCAGAUCUUUGUCCCCUUCCUGGACGUGGUGCUUCUUACCAUUCUAGGCGCGAUUGCGGUGACCUUCUACAAGGUUGUUUACUCUCGAUAUAUCGACAGAGUCCGAGUGGUGCUGCACCAGGCGAGGGAGGCUCACGGCGAUGACACGUGGACGGAGAGGACCAUUCGCAAGGUCGAGGCGGAACGGUGUCUGGGCAUGUUCCGGUAUAUUUCUGCGGAUGAUAUGAGCGGCUGGAGAACUUUCCUGCGGCUUCUCGAAGACCUCAUUCCCGCGUAUACGGUCAUCUGGUUCUGGCACUUCCCGACCUUCGUUGUGGAAUGCACCACGCUGAUGGGCUGCAUUGACACGCAGUACAAGUCUGAGCCGCCCUUCAAAGUUCUCGCCGGUCUGCCGAUUCAGGCCUGCAACAUUGAGGAUCCCUACUACCUCGCAGGCCUCUGCCUCGGAGGCGCUGGUCUCUUCGUGUGGGGCGUGGCGAGCAUCGUUGCGUUCAUUGCAUACAUGUCAACGGACCACAGCUCGGACACAAUCGGUCAGCGAUUCAAGCACGGGUUCCUCGCAAACGGCUACCACUACGAGUAUCGCUGGUGGGAGGGGAUUAUCAGCCUGCGGAAAACGUGCGUCGCACUAAUUAUAACGAUGCACGUGCAUCUGAACAGUUCUGGGGCUCAGGAGAUCUUCAGGAACUCCGCCAACCUCGCCGUCACGAUGUUUUUCAUCAUGGUCCAGCUGCAGGUCGAGCCUUUCGACAAGCGCAGCCACAACUUGGCAAACCGCGUGGAAUUCUACGGACUGUUGUGCAAUAUCGCGAACGGCAUUAUUAUUCAAGGCAGCUACUACUUUGAGCUCUUCAAGUACUCAGGCGCCUUCCCGCUGGCGAUCACGGCCUUCUACUACCUUUACGUUAUUUGGACUCUCUUCGUCGAGUGGGGCCGCAUGGUGAUGAUGAGACCGUAUCUCGUCAACGUCCCGUCGUUCUGGCGUUACUACAACCGCGUCACCAGGUCGCUCGCCCGCCUCUACACUUCAGGAAAUGCAAAGAUUUACUACAACUACAUCACGAAGGAUAUGGUCUUGGAAGCAGCUACAAAGUCGCGUGUUUUCCAUCUGAGGCGACUUCUUUUGAGAAAGAAGAAAACAACGUAUCGAAAGAUCAACUACGAGAACCGAACGUAUUUCGUGGCAGCUCUUCGAGACUCUCUCUCGCAGCUGGUUAUUGCGUGGUGCCAAUUCUCCAUUCCGGGAGACUGGCUAGAUUUCACCAUCCGAUACGCCUUCUGCUAUUGCUUCUGGCAACGCUAUCAAGACAACAGAAGCUUGCGGGUUCCGCUCGAUCUAGAAGAAUUCGAAGCAAUCAAACCCACGCUGUUCUCGGAUUGGUACUACGACAAUGAACAGGGUGCCCAGGAGGAUGGCGAUGGUGACGAUGGUGCGGAAUCCUUGGAAGUGGGAGAAAUCACCUUCAAUACUGCAGAAGAAGAUUUCCUUGAUCUCAUGCUUGACGACGACGUCUAUGAUGACAGUCCAAUCACUCUCAUGGAGCUUUACGUGGCCGUCCAGUCCAUGCAGCACAUUCCUCAGAGACAACUCCGGCGUCUCCACGUGGCAUACCGUGAGCGCAUGGCUCAGGCAGGGAAUUCAAUGGUACCGCAGCUACGAAAAGAGAAUGAGGAGCUGGAGGUCGAGCUCCAAGAACUGAACCGUGCGCUCCAGGAGAUGACAGCAACCGAUGAGGACGCUACCGAAAUCACGUUUUCUCUCCUCGAUUUUUUCUUCACCGUGGAGAUGGUGAAUCAAGCGAAGAUGGAAGUUGAGAGGCUGCGAGGUGAGAUUGACAAGGAGAUUGACGAGAUUGAGAGAGCGCGCACGGCUAAGGCUAUGGCGGUUCAUUUGGAGUUGGGCAUGGAUGAAAAUGCGGAUAUUGAGAGUCUGUUGGAGUCUAUGGAGGCCGAUGAACAGAGAGGGCGGGACGAGCAAGCUGCACGCGUCGGGUAUAUCGACGAAUCGAGGAAGAGACUUGAAAAGAGGAAGGAGGCGCUGGCAGACCGUCGCGUAGCCCUGGGCAUCGUCGGCAAACGCACACUCCAGAUGAAGCGUGACGAAAAACGCCGCGCUAUUGUGCGGCCAGGAUCGUCUCCAACGGGAGAACAACGGACGCUGUCUUUGGCGCUGGGACCCAACGGGAAGGAUUCUGGUGCGAAGCGGCGAAUUGCGCUAAACCGAGGGCCGCCUCCACGAACCGUAGGUCAUCUCUCCGAGAGAUCAGAUCUGCAGCACGGCCUGUCGCGCCCAGGCUCGGAGGUCUCCGACGCUGACGGCAAGCGGAGGGUUGGCGUGCAUGUUCAAGGCGGGGCGAGAAGCGUGGAGGGCAUCUCGGGCGAGUCGCAGCGCCGCGUCUUGCGGCCGGGCUCGCAGGAUUCGGCCGCUCCAGCAGAGGGAAAGAGAACGAUACGCCUUGGUUCUGACUCGGGUCCGGGUGCAGAGGCCACCAGUUCGGCUCCUGAGCAAGAAUCGAAGCGAACUCUGUCGCUGAGUAGCUCGCGAGGCGGAGCUUCUUCAGGAGGACGCGGCGACACGGAAGCAGAGCGAAGCACGUCACCGGCGCCCCCGACUCCAGUCCGCCGGGUGAGCAGGCCUGGCGGGGACUCGUCAGCGGGGGCCGGUGGCGCCCCUGAAGCGCAGCGCAGUCGAGACACUCCGGCAGAUUUAGGAAGUCGCCGCCGUGUUGGUGGACUGGGAACGCCGCGCGCGAGUGAAACGGCUGCAGGUGAAGCAGCGUCGUCAGAGGCCGGGGUCAGAGGGAGUCUCCCGGGACCGAAGCGUGCGGCGGUGCCCAAGGGACAGGGUCUCCCCAUGGGCAAGCGGAAACUGGGCAAGUUCGGAGAUGCAAAGCAAGACUAG